GUGUGUGUGUGUGUGUGUGACAGAGAGAGAGAGAGGGAGAGAGAGAGGAAACGCUCGUUGAACGGAUUCAUGAUUCUCUCAUUUUCUUUUUUCAUCUUCACUUGAAUCCGGUUGAUCUGAUCUGAAGAAUCGGUCUCAUCAACUCUUUUCUCUAUGAGAUUAGAAACUUUUUCACUCUGUGUUCUUCUUCUUCUUCUCUCCACUCGGUGAUUCGUCGUCACCGGCUGCAGCAGGUGAAGAAGAGGAGGAGGAGGAGGAGGAAGAAGACCUGACAGAGGUGAAGAGAACAUCAGGUCGUGUUCGGCUCCCGGAGCAACUUCACCCGGUCACCUGUCAUGGCGUCCAACAUCACGCCUCAAGGCUGCGGCCCCAACGUGGACUCCCUCUAUUACAACCUGUGUGACCUCAGCGCCGUGUGGGGCAUCGUGCUGGAGGCCUUCGCGGCUGCUGGCGGCGUCUUCUCCUUCGUGCUCUUCAUCUCGCUGCUGGCCAGCUUGCCCUUCACGAAAGACAAGAACCGCAAGAGCUCCGUGGCCCUCCACGCCGGCUUCCUGGUCUGCACCGCCGGCCUCUUCGGCCUGACCUUCGCCUUCAUCGUGGGGAAGGACUUCUCCACCUGCGCCUCUCGAAGGUUCCUGUUCGGCGUGCUGUUCGCCGGCUGCUUCGCCUGCCUGCUGAUGCAGUGUGUGAGGGUGAACAUCCUCGCCAGGCGGGACAGCGGCCCGCGGGCUUGGCCUUUAUGUCUGGGGGCAGUGGGGCUUUGGCUGGUGGAGGUGGUCAUCAACACAGAGUGGCUGAUCAUCACAGUGGUGCGCAACCCGCUGCUGCCACUCAAUGUCACCGCCGAAGCGGGCAGAGCCACAGCGACGCCUUGCAACAUCGCCAACCAGGACUUUGUCAUGGCGCUGAUCUACGUGAUGACCCUGAUCCUGGCUGUGGUGGUGGCCAGUCUGGCCAUCAUGGCCGGCAAACACAAGCAGUGGAAGGGGGUAGGCGCCUGCAUCCUCCUGACCAGCCUGUUCUCCGUGGGGAUUUGGGUGGCGUGGAUCGUCAUGUAUGUCUACGGCAACGAGAGGCACGGGGGGCCCACGUGGGACGACCCCACCUUGGCCAUCGCCUUGGUGGCAAACGCCUGGGUGUUCCUCAUCAUCUACACCAUCCCUGAGAUCUGCUGUUUGACUGGUGAGGAUGAAGGACAGCAAAGCCUUGGAGACGAUCUGUACCCAAACCAAGGAGCCGGCUACGAAACCAUCCUGAAGGAGCAGAGCGUCCAGAGCAUGUUCAUGGAGAACAAGGCGUUCUCUAUGGACGAGCCCAACCAAGGGACCAAGCAUGUGUCUCCGUACAGCGGCUACACCGGACAGACGCGCAGCUCCGUCUACCAGCCCACUGAACUCGCGCUCAUCACCAAAGCCUUAGGAAACCAGCCGGCCCCCGACCCAUCCCACCGUGACCUGGUCAUUCCCAGAGCGUCCGCCAACUCUGCGGCCGACAGCGGGAGCAGCACCCCGUCCACACACAGCAGGACCGGGAACGCCGCAUUCCCUCAGACAAACGGAAAUAGCGGGAACGCUCUGCACAGGACGUCCCAGUGGUGAACGCGCUCUGGCCCCUAACCCCCUCCUCAAGCGAAUUUCAGGUCACGUCUUCUUCGUCUUGCGCUCGCCGACUGUACGCUUUGCUGAUUUCUGGUUCCCUGAGUUGGUUCUGAGAGGAACCCCGGAGCCAACACCGGGUCACGACCGCUGUGGACAACAGCCAAACCUCCUAUUGACUGAUGCCGCCGUGUGCCACUGGGUAUCAGACGAGACGAAGCCACGGCUUUGCUGCGGAACAAAGACUCUUUUUUUUUUUUUUUUUUUUUGCAACGGUUUGCCAUUCGCCGAGAGAAAACUGUGACACAGAGGACGAGUGACGGUGCUGACGGAGCACAACGCGAUGGAAGAGAGGAGUUUAGCUACAUGUCGAGGGAGUGUUAGGCUCACACACACACACACACACACACACAGACACACACACACACACACACACACACACACACUAUCAAAAGGAUUGAAUUCACGUAUAUUAAAAAAGUUCAAUUAUAGGAGUCAAUUAAUAUUUUGUUUUUAUCAAUAACCACUAAGUUCACACGUAACAUUGAGCUGGUUUGGAAUUGGUGUAAAUGUGUCAAUGCUUCUACGCUGCAUGGAAGAAUUGUACAAAGUAUGUAUAUUUAAUAAUAUUUAUAGCACCGCAGUGUGCCAUUUAAUUAUUUCAUCUUAUUUCUACCAAUCACGAGAAUAGAUGAGUGUUGUGAAAUGUCUGUGACGCCUUUGUACCGAUGCACUGACAUGGUCCGACAUCACCAGACCACAGCCACUCUGUUUUUUAACAUAGAGCAAAUAAAGAUUCACUCGUGA